CAGAUCAUUUAUGAAGGAAUAGAAAUCCUUAUUUUAGGUUUAUCGGUCUUAACUUGGUAGUAAAGUUUGGGGAGUUUUCCUAACUUGACAAACUUUUCUUUUGAAAAUUGAAAAUGAGGUACGGAGACAUAAUUUUAUAUGUAAAACAGUUGUUAAUGUCCAGUUAUUUUCGCUUUUCAGUGAGUGACAAGCGACGUCGUCGCGCCUUCAUCCUCUGCACCGUAGCGGUAGUAGGACAAGAGGCUUGCGGCGUGCUGGCUCUGCUCCAGUUUGCAGAGCGCGUGUUCGUGCUGGCUCGCGACGAUGCUGCUGCGGGGAGCCCGGCUGACGUGCUCGGCACCCCCGCACGACAUGCGUUACUGUUGGGCGUUGCGCAGUUGGUUGCUUCUGCAUUAGCUCUGUAUUUGGUUGAGAAGGUUGGGAGAAAGCGACUCAUGGUAUGGUGCGGACUAAUAACGGGUGUCUGCCUGUGCGGGGGAGCGGGUGCGGUGCGGGCGGGGGGUGCCGGCGCGGGGGUGGUUCUAGCGGCCGCAGUGUUCGCGGACUCGGCUGGUCUGCAGCCAGCGCCCUAUGCUAUGCUGGCUGAUAUGUUUCAUUAUCAGUACCGCGGCUGCGCUGUAGCGCUAGUCAGCGCUUUCGCGUGGGGCGGCAACGCGCUAGAAGUCAUCGUGUUUCCUCUAGUAGCGCGGGCCGCCGGCGUCAGCGCAGCCCUAGCGCUCGCCGCUGCGCUAACUUUAGCGCUAACACUGUUCGCUGCGUACGCGCUACCCGAGACAAAAGGAUUGACUCCCGAUGAAAUAUAUGAUGUGUUGUGUCCGCCUAAAACUAGUUGUGAUAGUGUGGUCACUGAAGGUUGUGAUAAUAAGAGUUUUUGUACUAAAAUGUGAUUGUGACCGAAUAUAAAAUGUGUGUGUGA